AUGGUCUGCUACGCAGACGACACCCUGGUGCUGGCGGGGGGCACCGACUGGGAGGAGGCUACGGCUGCAGCCAACGUCCAGUAUCAUGGUAGAGUCAGCCCGCGUGGAGGUGACAAAUACCUGGGGCUCCACCUGGAUGGCCAGUGGGACUUCACCUCUCACUUUGAGAGGCUGGGUCCCAAGUUAGGGAGAGUCGCGGCUGCACUGUGCAGCCUCCUCCCCAACAUCGGUGGUCCGGACAACCGGGUUCGCAGGCUGUAUGCGAAUACCGUCUCGUCCAUCGCCCUUUACGGGGCGCCAGUUUGGGCGGAAGAGGCGGGGGCCAAGCGGCGCAUUGUAGCAAUUUUGCACGGUGCGCAGCGACUAAUGGCCAACCGCCUAGUCAAGGCGUAUAGGACGGUGUCGCAUACAGCCGUCACGGCCCUGGCCGGCAUGAUACCGGCGGAGCUCCUGGCGCGGUUGUACGCUGAAACGUAG